UUCGGAUGGAUGUCGACGACGCGCGCGACGGCGGCGACGAGGACCGUUCCGACGACGACGAUGACGCGCGCGAGGACGCGAUCGACGCGAGCGAAGGCUCGAGCGAGGACGACGAGGACGAGGACGACGACGAGGACGACGACGAGGACGACGAUGAUGUAGAAUUGGAUGAUGCGCAAUUGGACACGAUAAUGACGCUCGAACAAGAGCUCGAGAGCGACUCCUGGCGCGAUUACGCGAAAGCGGGGAGAUUGAUUGAUUUGUUGCGCGCGGCGAACCUGCGCGAGCGGUGCAGAACGGCGAGGGAACGAUAUAACGAAGCGUUCGCGAUGGACGAGGCGCGCUGGUCGGCGUGGAUUCAAGACGAAUUGGCGAAUAAGACGACGGGGACGAAACGCGAACGGCACACGCGAUGCGAUGAGUUGUUCGCGAGGGCGAUCGAAGAGUGUGGACGGACGAGCGUGCGGUUGCACAUGGGAAGGUCGAGGAACGCGAUGGAGCUGGAGGCGGAUGAGAGCGACCGACGCGCGCUUUACGAGACGGCGACGGCGGGACCGGGGAUGAACUUUAACGAUGGGCAUUUGAUUUGGCAGGCGUAUCGAGCGUUUGAACUGUCGUGGGCGGCGUCGGAAACGCAGAAAGUGCGGGUGAAGGCGCUGUAUUUGCGACAGUUGAAGAUUCCACAAGCGCAGUCUCAGGCGACGCUCGAGGCGGCAAAGACGUGGGCCGCCGACGCGGGUCUUCAUAACGCAGACGCCGCGUUCCACGAAGCGUACGCGGUUGGUAAUGCUGCAAAAGUACUGCGCGAGCCUUACGAGGCGCGUCUGCUCGCCGUGACGAGUUCGCAUGAAGGCGACGCGAAGCUGCUUCGAGCGUACGCAACCUACAUUGAUUUUGAAAUGGCGAGCGGAUCUCCGGACAGAGUCGUUCACUUGUACGAACGCGCGCUUUCGUCGCUGCCGUAUGUCGCAGAGCUCUGGCGAGACUACGUGUUGUACGUGUGGUCGAUAUCGUUCAAAUCAGCAGAAGCAGCUUCGCGCACUUUGAUGCUUCGCGCCGUUCGCAUGUGCCCGUCUAGCGUUCUGUGGAAGUCGGUGCUCGAGCUGGAGUCGUCGUACGACUUGUACACGCAUGCGCUGAGAACGAAGUUCAGAGAUCCGAACGACUACGGUGCGGUUCUUACAAAAGUUCUCACACAGUGCGUACGUUUGGACGAUUGGGCAAAAGCGUCCGGGUGCGUGACUUUUGGUUUCGAGCAGAUGGCCAAGGAUUAUUCGCCCAACAUCAUGGCGGCGGCGGCGAUCCAUGUCUUGAAAGAACUAGUAGACUACGCGUUGAUGAAAGAUCACAAGACGACGGUCGCGUCAUUCAUAGACGCUGUUUUUGCGCAACUCGCGGAGCGGGCACCGUUCAAGACCGCCGCUGAAUUUGUCAUCCUUCGAACUGAUACGUCGCGCCUUAUAAAGAAGACGCAAAAGGAAGUACUAGACCUGUACGAUGUAGCGUUACAGCGAGGAACCGUGGAACCCGUCGGCCUGUCGAAGAAGACGGUAGAUGAAGAGACCCGUCGAUUGGCUGGAACGGCUAUGCUACUGAAAGCAAAGGCGCGAUAUCUGUCGACAUUUGCACCAAAAAAGUACGACGAUUUCAACGAAAAGACCAACGCUAUGGCCGCUGUGCGGCGGUACGAGUUAAAACUCGCGUGUGAGCGAUUGGCUGCGAACGCGGCGGCGAAAGAGCGCAUGAAAAGCGGUGGAAGCCGCCGCGAACGCGCCGCCGCGCGUCGCGCCGGAGCCGAACCCAUUCCACGCAAACGAACUCGCGAAAUUCCAGAGGGAGGCGACAAGACUGAUAUGAAUCUUGCCGGAAUGGAUCAUGACGCUCGUGUCAAGACGCUUUUCCCAACAAGAGACACGCAAACAGCCUUUGUCAAAAAUUUGUCCUGGGACGUUACGGACGCCGAGCUCAUGGAGUUCUUCACCGGCGCGGUGAGCUGUCGAAUCGUCAAGGACAAAGCCACUGGUCGUUCGCGAGGAAUCGCGUACGUUGACUUUGGAGAAGAAGCUGCUCUGAACGCUGCAAUCAUGCGAUCCGGUGAGGCGCUCAAGGGAAGACUGGUUGAUAUCGCGAAGAGUCGGCCUCCCGGUGACGACGGACCCGAUGGUCGCGGUGGACGUGGCGGUGGACGUGGCAGUCGUGGCGGUGGUCGUGGUGGCGGGCGCGCCGCACCGUCUGUGGCUUCUGGACGUGGUCGCGGAGGCUUGGGCCUUAUGCCUCGCGCGAUAACGGUGACGCGUACGGACAACGGCGAAGGCGCACAAGCAAAAACUAACGCAGACUUCAGGGCAAUGUUUGUGAAGGGAUCAUCGCAGUAGAGACGCUCGUAGUAGUGAUGAAAAAAACGUUGUUGUAUA